UUGAAAAAUGAAACUAAUUCAGGAAGUAUUUAUAAAUGAUGUCGGUAAGGGGGGGGCUGAUGUAUCAUUGAUGAAUUCUAACAUUAAUUAUCAAUAUUAGCAUCCCGGAUAACCGCUCCGACUCCAUUUGUUCUCCAUAAAAACAACUAAUCGAGAUUCUAGUCAGCUUAGUACCAAAAUGAUGCCUUUUUUAAACUUACCUAGUUUCAUCCCGACCCUACAACGAUGUUAUUCACAUGAGAACAUUUAGGUCAAUUCCCCAAGCUCUAAUUAGCUAAAACUCAUCAAUUUACAAAACAAACCUGCCAAUUUCGUGUAACAAUUAACAACAACCUUGCAAGCACAUGUCACACAUGUGUAAGAAAUUUUAAAAUUAUUUUUAGAUUUACGCAUUUUCACGAUAAAUUAUUGAGCACCGAAAAGAAAAUUUCGCUCCGCUUCUAAAAUCCUCAAAAAGAGAAUAAAACUCGAUGUUUAAAAAUUAUUGCAAUUUUUCUUCUUUUCUCAAAUUUUGGACAUCUGUUCAGCUACGCGAGGAAUUUUCUUUUUUCACGAUCAAUUAAAAUUGCGUUUUUUUUCAGGUUUAUCUAAAAUUUCUUUUUCUUACUCAUCCGUGAAUUUUUUUUUUGUUCAUUCUCUUUUUUAUUCAAUUUUCAUCCUCGGACGUGAUUGCAUGCAGUUUUGUAGCUGCAAAAGUAGAUUAAAGAAGUGAAAUGAUGAAUAAUUUCGUAUUGUUGGUUUUGAUUUUUGCUGGUUUAAUGCUGUUUAUUUUCGUUUGUGCUUUUGCUUACCAUAGGCAGUCACAGCGCUUCCUCGAGGCACUAGCAGCUGACGAUGAACCAAAAGCGAAGGCUGAUGUUGGAUUGAAGGUGCAAAGUGAUGUUAAUGUGCAACCUUCAGCUGACUCUAAACAUUCACAAUCACCUGCUAACCUCGAAGUACCUCUUCAAUGUUUGACUUAUUCAUCAUCACACUCAGAUAACUUCCAAAAUUUAUCUCAACUAAAAGGAAUUGUGCCUUAUCCCGUACCAUUUCCAGCGUCUAACUUAAAACAACCUCAGUCAAGCUUAAGUAAAAAUGGAAGUCACACGGGGAAGCCCCCAAGCUAUGAAGAAUUUCAGGCUUAAAAAGUGAAUUCAUUUUUAAAAUGUUAAAGGCUGAGAGGUUGUCUGGACCACUGAGAUCCUGUACUGGUAUAGCAAAAGAUCAAUGUAUUUAAGUAAAGACGAUUGUGAAAGAACACACUAUUAUGAAAUUACUGACAAGUCAAAUUUUUGAGAAAAAAAAACAAUAAUAAACAUUCUUUGGGGUCGUUCAAUUAUGACG